UCUGUGCGUGCUGUUGGACAGAAUAUGUUGUGUUAAUUUAGCGUUUAAAGUAUGGUUUAAAGCUUGUUUCUUUUAAUUUACGGAGCAUUUAAAAGCUAUUGUUAUCACUAUACGAUAACUGACCUGUAUGUCGAUCUGUAGGGUUUGAAGGUGUUUUUACUUUUGUUUGUUUCUUCAAGCCACAAAAAUGGGAAAAGGUUUUAAUAAUUACAUGUGUAAAAAGUUUUUCCACCCUGCUUCGAGGGAUAACUUAAAGCGAGUAUGGAUGGCAGAACAGAAAACAGAUGCAUACAAGAAAAAACAAGAAGAAUUAAAAGUACAAUAUGAAAGGGAACAGGAAUUACAUGAAAACAAGGCUUUGUUGAGCAAAGAGAGUAAAGACAAACUCAGUCUCAACUUUAUGUAUGAGCCACCACCAGGUGUCAAAAAGGAGCGUGAGAGAGAAGAUAAUGAACCGGAGUACAAGUUUGAGUGGCAGCGGAAAUACAACGCACCGAGGGAAAGUUACUGCAAGGGUGACAAUGAAAUCAGAGACCAGCCAUUUGGCAUUUUGGUGAGGAAUGUGCGAUGUAUCAAGUGCCACAAAUGGGGUCACAUUAACACAGAUAAAGAAUGUUCCAUGUACUCUCUAUCAAUGAGUGAGGCCCGUGCACUCCAAGCUUCCACAUCAGCCCCUGAAGAGGAAGAAGAAAAGCCUGACGUUCCGACUUUGAUGCAGCACAUGAGAGACUCUGGGCUGGUCAUGAAGCCCGGAGCUUUGCCUCUUGCUGCCACCAGAAUCGAGGACAAUGAAGGUGGAGCUAAUCUGACUGAAAUGGACUUGAUAAGCCAGCUGACUAAGAAGCAAAAAAAGAAGUUGUUGAAGAAGCUAGAAAAACUUGAGGAGAAGAAACACAAAAAAUCAAAGAAGGACAAAAGACACAAAAGGAAGUCAAGGGACAGAGAUUGAAUUGAUAAUCCUUUAGAUUAUAAUUAUCUUAAAAAUUAACUUAAUUCCUCAUGUAAUAUUUAAAUUUUAGCUAUUUACUUAAUAAAUAAUUAAGUACCUAA